AUGGUGUACGUACGACAAGAAAAACUUCCGGGCCUGAAGCAAUACAAAUAUUCGGGUGUCGACCAUUCCCUCUUAUCUCGAUAUGUUCUCAAGCCAUUCUACACAAACUUCGUGAUAGAAUGUUUCCCGAUGAGUAUGGCGCCGAAUCUGAUUACCCUUACGGGUUUCAGCUUUGUCAUUAUCAAUAUCCUGACUUUGUUGUGGUAUAAUCCGACGCUUGAUGUGGAUUGUCCACCUUGGGUAUAUGCCAGUUGGGCUAUAGGAUUGUUCUUGUAUCAGACCUUCGACGCGGUCGAUGGGACACAGGCGAGACGAACACACCAGAGUGGGCCGCUUGGAGAGCUCUUCGAUCAUGGUGUUGAUGCGCUGAAUACUUCUCUUGAGUGUUUGAUUUUCGCGGCUUCGCAGAAUUUCGGAAUGGGCUGGAAGACAGUCAUGGUCUUAUUUGCUUCUCUGCUCACAUUCUACGUACAAACCUGGGACGAAUACCACACAAAGACGUUAACGCUGGGCUUGAUUUCUGGACCUGUGGAAGGAAUCGUCAUUCUCAUCACUGUCUACGCGUUCACUGCGAUUAAAGGAGGGGCAAGCUUCUGGACCCAGUCGAUGUUCAGAACUGUUGGCAUUCCCCAUUUCGAAUUUAUUCCUGAUUUCAUUUACGAGUUGCCAUUCAACGAGUGGUAUAUGGUUCAAGGUGGAUUUGUGCUGGUUCUCAACACUGUUCAAAGCUCCAUAAAUGUGAUCCAAGCUCGCAGAGCUCGUGGAGACAAAUCUCGAGGCGCGCUCUUGGGUCUCCUUCCAUUCUUUUUUACGUGGACGCUCAUCCCAGCCUAUCUUUACCUCAACCCCGAAAUCCUAUACAACCAUCUCGUCCCUUUCGUCUUCUUCGCCGGUCUCAUCAAUGCUUACUCGGUGGGCCAGAUGAUCACUGCCCAUUUAGUCCAGUUGCCAUUCCCUUACACGAAUAUAUUGAACCUACCUCUUGCUUAUGGUGUCCUUGAUUCUGCUGGGCCAUUCUUAACGGAGACAUUUGGAUUUGGAUGGCCCAGUGCCCUAGGUGGUGGUGUAUACCAGGUUGCAUAUCUCUUCUGCAUGCUAGGUAUUGCGGUGGGCGUUUAUGGAAGCUUCGUGGUUGAUGUGAUCGUAACAAUCUGUGACUAUUUAGACAUCUGGUGCUUGACUAUCAAACACCCAUGGAACGAAGAAGAAGAGGCGAAGAAAGCGAAUUAG